AUGUUUACUGGUCUUGUUGAAACAAUUGGUACUGUUUUAGACUACUCAAAGCACGAUGAAUCCUCCACUGGAGGAGACGGAGUUUCUAUUACCAUUGGAAACUGUUCGGAAAUCUUGGAAGAUGUUAAGUUAGGCGAUUCGAUCUCCACAAAUGGUGUUUGUUUAACUGUUACUGAAUUCAAUCUUGGAAGAACCUUGUUUAAAGUUGGUGUGGCCCCAGAGACUCUCCGCAGAACCAAUCUUGGAGAUUUGAGACAUGGUGCUCCGGUCAAUUUGGAAAGAGCCGUUACAAGUGAAGUUAGAUUGGGAGGCCACAUUGUUCAAGGACAUGUUGACACCAUUGCCACAAUUGUGGACAAGAAAUCUGACGGAAACGCUAUCGCCUUUACUUUUGAAUUGAGGGACAAAGAAUUUAUCAAUUAUAUUGUCCACAAGGGGUUUAUUGCCAUUGACGGGGCCUCAUUGACAGUCACAAAUGUCGAUCCUUCUAAAGCUCAAUUCUCGAUUAUGUUGAUUAGCUACAGCCAAGAAAAGGUUAUAUUAGCAAGAAAAGAAGUUGGCGAGACUGUCAACAUUGAAGUCGAUUUAACGGGUAAGUUUAUUGAAAAACAGAUUGAAAUAAACUUAACCAGCCAAAUUGAAAACAGCGACAGCCCAUUGAACAAGUUGAUCAGUUCUUUGGUUGAAAAGAAGGUUAAAGAAUUUAUCAAGUAA